CCACAACUCCCCUCCGCCCCGCACUUGCUUUGAAGAAGCGGGGUCGAUGAGACCAUUUGACGCGCGCCAGUGCAAAGGGAGGGGAAGGGGCGGCUUUGCAGACAAAGCCGCCGAGUGAGCAAAUAGCUGCCUGCCAUGUCGGACGACGCCGAAACAAAGGAGGCCCCCCCAGAACAAGAACAGCAAGGAGAGGCGCAGCCCCAAGGGGAGCCGGAGAAGCAGCAGGAGCAGCCUCCACAGCCCUCACCCCCGCCCCCACAGAGCCCCCCAGCUCCAAAGGCCCCGGAAUCGCCCGUGAUGGUGACAGUGACAAUCGAGGAGCAGACCGUGGAGGGACCCCAGGAGAACGGGGAUCCGGUGGGGAUGAGGGCUGGCUCAGCCGAGGAGUUGGGGAGCACCCCGCUGCCCCCCACCAGCCCCCCUGCUCGUUCCAAAUCGGCCUCGCUGAAUGACCUGAAGCCCCAGAACAGCAUCAAUGGUGGGCCGCGGGCUGCCGGGCGGAGCAGCCUGUCCGGCUCCCAGGUCAAGCUGGCGGGAGCGGCGGGAUCUCCACGGGCCAGCCUGAGCCGGCAGCCCUCAGCAGCAGGCUCUGCAGCUGGGGAGGCUGGGGAGAAGCCCAGAGACUACAUAUUCAUUGCGGCCCUCUCCUGCUUCUGCCCUAUCUGGCCUAUCAACAUCGUUGCCUUCGUGUACUCUGUCAUGUCAAGGAACAGUUUCCAGCAAGGAGACAUCGACGGGGCGCGGCGCCUAGGAAGGGUAGCGAAACUGCUGAGCGUUGUUGCACUAGUUGGAGGUGUGCUCAUCAUUGUGGCCUCUUGCGCCAUCAACUUUGGAUUGUUCCAGUGAAGGUGGCAUUUGGCUGCCAAUUUACCCCUGGCACCGAAAUUUCCAUCUUUGGAGCUGGGAGCCAGCAUGACUACACUCCAUCCAUCCAUCCAUCCAUCCAUCCAUCCAUCCAUCCAUCCAUCCAUCCCAUGUCUUCUUCCAUUCCUGAACCAUGCAAAACAGGAGCACACAGAUGGAGACAACAGAGGCAAGGAGAAAGAGGAGGAGAGAGGAAAGGAAGCCAGCACAAAUGUGUAAGAAUUAGAGAAGCAGCCAUCUUGUUACGCACAGGCCCAUCCAGUAUUCCUAGAA